CCGCACCUGAAUGCAGCAGAGGUAGAGAGACGGACAGAGAGGAAGAAAGAGAGAGAGAGAGGAGGGUGGUUUACGGGUGGUGUUAGAGGAGGAGGAGGAAGAAGGCUGUCACUGUCGACGCGGUUCAUGCUGUUUAUACCGCAGAAGUCAGAAAAAAAAAACAAAAAAACAUCGCACAUGAGACGGACGCGACGGAGAGUCGUGUUGAAUACACACGGACUGAAAUGCAGGAGACGGCAGCAUCCGUUAGCUUAGCGCUGUAGCAUCUCUGGGUGGUUAAAUAAUAAACGCUAGAGACUGUAAAAACGUAGAUAACAACCGAGCACAGCAGCCGAGCUGAGGUCAGCAGCAGGACGACAAGGGAGAGGAGGAGAAGAAGAAGAAGAACAAGAGCGGCAUCAGGAGCAGCGAUGAAGUUCACGGAGCAUCUAUCCGCUCACAUCACCCCGGAGUGGAGAAAACAGUACAUCCAGUAUGAGGCCUUUAAAGAAAUGCUCUACGCUGCUCAGGACCAGGCUCCAUCUAUUGAAGUCACAGAUGAAGACACGGUCAAAAGAUACUACGCCAAGUUUGAGGAGAAGUUCUUCCAGACAUGUGAAAAAGAACUGGCCAAGAUCAACACCUUCUACUCUGAGAAGCUGGCCGAGGCUCAGCGGCGCUUCGCCACGCUGCAGAAUGAGCUGCAGUCGUCGCUGGACGCCCAGAGGGAGAGCGCGGCGCUGGGCGCCGGUCUGAGGAAGAGGAAGACGGUGUUCGCCCUGUCACAGAAGGAGCGCUGCAAACACAGGAACAUCAAGGACCUGCAGCUGGCCUUCUCUGAGUUCUACCUCAGCCUCAUACUGCUGCAGAACUACCAGAACCUGAACUUCACGGGUUUCAGGAAGAUUCUGAAGAAGCAUGACAAGAUCUUGGAGACGUCCCGUGGAGCUGACUGGAGGGUGGUCCACGUGGAGGUGGCUCCGUUUUAUACCUGCAAGAAAAUCACACAGAUCAUCUCUGAGACGGAGGCCCUGGUCACCACGGAGCUGGAGGGAGGAGACAGACAGAGGGCGAUGAAACGGCUGAGGGUGCCGCCACUGGGGGCAGCGCAGCCUGCUCCUGCCUGGACCACCUUCAGAGUGGGACUGUACUGUGGAGUGUUCCUGGUCCUGCUGGUCACAGUGGUUAUUACAGGAGCUGUGGUGAUCCAGGGAGCAGAUGUUUGGCCCAUGGUCCGGAUCUACAGGGGAGGAUUCCUGCUCAUAGAGUUCCUCUUCCUCUUAGGCAUCAACACCUACGGGUGGAGACAGGCCGGAGUGAACCACGUCCUCAUAUUUGAGCUCAACCCAAGGAACAACCUGUCGCACCAGCAUCUGUUUGAAAUAGCCGGUCUGUUGGGGGUGCUGUGGUGCGUCAGCCUGCUGUCCUGUUUCUUCAGUAACAGUAUCCUGGUACCGAUGCAGGCCAACCCUCUGGCCCUCUACGGCUUCUUCUUCCUCUUCCUCAUCAACCCUCUGAAGACGUGUUACUACAAGUCACGCUUCUGGCUGCUCAAACUCCUGUUCCGUGUGGUGACGGCCCCGUUCCACCGAGUCGGCUUCGCAGACUUCUGGCUGGCUGACCAGCUCAACUCUCUGGUGGUGGUUCUGAUGGACCUGGAGUACAUGAUCUGCUUCUACAGCUUUGAACUGGACUGGAAAAAACACGACGGACUCAUCAGCAGCAAAGGCAAAGACAUCUGUAAUUCCUACUCCUACGGCGUCCGUGCGGUCAUCCAGUGCCUUCCUGCGUGGUUCCGUUUUGUCCAGUGUCUCCGGCGGUACCGUGACACCAAACGGGCUUUUCCGCACCUGGUCAACGCUGGGAAAUACUCGACAUCCUUCUUUGUAGUCACCUUUGCUGCCCUCUACAGCACACACAAAGUGGAGCAUCACACCGACACCCAGAUCUUCUUCUACUUGUACAUCUGCUGCUCCGUGGUCAGUUCCUGCUACACACUGAUCUGGGACCUGAAGAUGGACUGGGGCCUGUUUGACCGCAACGCUGGAGAGAACACCUUCCUGAGAGAGGAGAUCGUCUACCCUCAGAAGGCCUAUUACUACAGCGCCAUUGUUGAGGAUGUGAUGCUUCGUUUCUCGUGGACUUUGACCGUGACCCUCAGCACGCUUUCCGGCUUUCACGGCAUCUCGGACAUCCUGACCACCGUCCUCGCGCCCAUGGAGGUCUUCAGACGCUUCGUGUGGAACUUCUUCCGUCUGGAGAACGAGCACCUGAACAACUGCGGUGAGUUCAGGGCCGUCAGGGACAUCAGCGUGGCUCCGCUCAACGCCGACGACCAGACGCUGCUGGAGCAGAUGAUGGACCAGGAGGACGGAGUGAGGAACCGGCAGGGCAAGAAGAGCUGGAAGAGGAGCUACAGCAUGAGUCUGCGCAGGCCGCGACUCGCCUCACAGUCCAAGACCCGUGACACCAAGGUUUUGAUCGAGGACACCGACGAUGACUCCUGACAUCAGGCCACGCCCCUCGCCUGGGUCCAGAAUCUAUUCAAAGGAGGGAACGCGACCUCCUAACCCGACGACUUACCCGGCGAGUUGGGCGUUGAACUUUGUACCAAGGACGAGGUUUUAGACUCUCAGACGUCCUCAGAGCAGGACACUGAUGCUACAUAAGUGGGCGGGCAUAAUCACUGUAAACCCCGCCUCCACUCAAGCAGCUGACCAAUCCCCGGCCCCAUUGACUAUGACUACUUCCACCCCCACCCCCCCCCCCCCGCCCCCCCCUCCAGCCAUUGCUACUGUUCUCCUCAAAGCUCCAGCCUAGCAUGAACAACGCAGCUACGUGACAAAGCCUGCUGAGUUAAACACCGACAGGAAGUGUGUCCACACAGGAAGGACGGGGGGGGGGGAGGGGGGGGGACGGGCCCCCCCCCCACCCCCCGCCCCCUCUCCAGGACCUGGAAUGAA